UGGGUGUAGUUCGCUUGGUCGACGCGUUACCAUCCCUCAAUGAAUCGAGUCAGAAGGGCAACGUGCAGCAGCGCUCGAAAUUUGACGACCGAAAUGUCGUCGAGCAUUAGACCUGAAUUCCAGCCUCAGGGCUCCAUCAAGUAAGUAAGGAACCGCCGUCUACCUCUCAGAGAAUUUAUCGAAACAGAGUAUGUGGAUCUUGUAGGUUGGCGAACAGCCGCCGCUGACGGUACCCGGCCGGACGGACGCGGGGACUUAUCCAGAUCAAAGCUGGUAAUUGUUUAUAUACAGAAUAUAUAAGACCUUCGAGGCCCGAGAAUGGGGAAGUGCACGUACGUGAGGUAAGUAUAUCCGAGAGAGAUCGAGGUCCAUGCCAAUCACAGCAUCGAGGCCUACUUCCCAUUGCUCGGUACGCCUGAAUCGCAUAUCCGAACACUCGAGUGCCGGCACCUCUCGACGAAAAAUAUCUCGGAUCUCCCACGUGUCCGCUCCAGAUGCCCAUCCGCAGUAUAAAGCUCCUGCACCAGCUUGUGUAGACAAAAUCCAAAAGCAUCAGUCAGAACCUCGUUCGCUCCCUCUCUCUCUCACUCUCUUGCCUACUUGUUCGCCCGCUGCAUUGUGCUGCGCCGUCAAUCUUCUUCUUCCACGGCAGCCACUUCCGAACUGUCAAUUUCGCUCGUUCUUCGGUGAGGAAGUUCUUCAUUGCGCAGCCAUGGCCGCGUCCACAGCAGCGAUCGCAGCAGCGCUGUCAUCGAGCAGCGCUCUCGGAUGCGCGCCCUGCGCGUCGCUGAAGCUCGAGUCCCGCUCGGCCGCGGUAAACUGCCGCAGCGCCAAAGCAGCGGUUUGCGUCAGAGCCAGUAGCUCAGCGGACGAGGAUCGGAGCGUGACCACGAGGAGGGACGUGAUCGCCAACCUUCUCGGGGCCGGAGCUGCUCUGGGGUUCGCCGGGCAGGCAUUGGCUGCCAACCCCGGAUCGUUGGCCCGCCAGAAGAAGGUCGAGAAGCCCGAGGGCAAGGCCAGGGACGAGAAAUCAUCGUCGUCGGCAGCGUCUCCUCGCUUCGAGUGAACGAAUGAUGGACGGAAGCAGGAGUGGAGCGUCCCGUUGAGCGUUCGAUUUGAAAUUUGAACCGGUGAGGUGCGUUCGGGACGGAAUGAAGGCCGCAGAGAAGGGGAGAGCGUUUCUCGCUCAGAAGGGGAGCGAGCGUCUGGCUCUCGGCGCCCCUCGGCGUUCUGGAACCUUCGGCCGUCAAUUGUCGCGGCGAAUCUGCUUGAGGCCUCGACAGAGAGAUGUACAAAUGUGAAGUGGGAUCUGUGUCCAGUGGAGGACCAGAAAGGUUCCUAUUGUAUAUUGAAAAGCGAUGUCCUAUGAUGUUGCUCUUGUUGUAAAGAUACACGAGUAUGCACUCGAUUGAUUCA